CGUGGGCCGUAACAAAAAAGCAUGUCAGUACCAUCCAAGUUGCCGAGAUGAAGAUGUUGCGGUGGAUGUGCGGAGUAACGAGGCUCGAUAAGAUCCGUAACGAGUACGUACGCGGUAGCCUUGGAGUACGCGAUGUCGCCGACAAAAUACAAGAAAAACGGCUGCGAUGGUACGGACAUGUUAAAAGGAGACCACCUGAGUACAUCGGCAAUGCGACACUCAAUCUCGAUAUACCCGGUCAAAGGCGCAGAGGCAGGCCAAAACUGCGGUGGUUGAGUGUCGUAAAGAAAGACAUGGAAAUCUGCGAACUCAAAGAGGAAGAUGUCCAGGAUAGAGCGAAGUGGAAGAAGAAGAUACGGAAAGCGGACCCCGUCACAAGACGG